AUGUCGCAUGACGGCGCCAUGUUUAGCCAACACUCCGUGCUGAGCCCGCCGCUUUUGGCUGCGAUCGAUAGUCAGCACACAUUCGGCUCUUAUGAUGCCACAGGAACAUCAAACCUGCCUCAACGAGCUAGCGUCGACGCCUCCUCUACCUCACCCGAUGAUUUCACAACAAGCUCUCAUCCACGAGGCACAAGAUUACGAGCGUCCUCAGCAACGUCGUUCCCAAACUCGGCAUCGUCCAGCUCCAGCGCCACAUCCAACUCUGUGAAUCAGAAUGGACACGUAAACAGCAACAAGAAAUCGCGCCGGUCACAACAGAGUCACUCGGCACACAGUCGUAGUGGCAGUAGGCCUGGUCCAUUACCGAUAUCAGGCCGUGUUCCCACCACACACGUUUGCUCAUCUUCUUCUGCACCAUACGACCAAAGAACCCUCACCAGCAGCCUCCGAAAUCGAUCUACGCCACAUCUUGAUGGCCUGCAGAAUGGCACUGCGCGCCAAGAGCAUAGUCGCGCGUCUGGAGCAGUAUCAGCUAUGACAGCUCCUUCGUCUCCCCUCGCAUCUGCCUCUGCCUCUUUGGCGUUGGCCAUGUCGCCGAUCGCACAAGCAUCAGCCAUGUGGGACCAUCUCAUGCCUACAGAUUGGACUCUCGACAGCUCUGCACCUGCAUCACCACACUCCAGUCUUUCGCGCAUUCCUUCCGAUUACUUUGACCCAGCGAUUUUGGCUCAACUGCGAUCCCAAAGCGGAAGCUCCCACCCCGAGCUGCGCUCGAGCGACCGUCGACCUGAUCCUUCUCCCCCCGUCGACAUGGUCUUUGAUCGUCUUUCGCCUCAUCAGUCACAUGCAAAUCGCUCGGCGAGUCAAUCCGAAUGGGCCCAACGUGCGGCCCAGAUACAGCAGACGGCCCAUUUGCUCGGACUUCAUCGCCUCUUUGCGAGUCGAAGCACGCCUCACCUGCCUGACCUCGAUUCAUCGUACAUCGGCCACGAGUUUGAAUCACCUCCACCGUAUGCACCGCGCGCAUCAGUGCAUGAGACCGAACUCGAGAGGGCCGCCGCUGUCGAUACAAGCACUCCUGGGCAUCGCGCGGAUGGGAUGGACCUUUCUUCUAACGCUUCAUCUUCAUCGACGUUACAUGGCACCAGUGACCCGCCAUUACCACCGCCUAUAUCUAUUCCACUGAAUGCUGUUGGACAGUGCAUAUCGAAUCCGCCCUCUGCUUCAGCCCUCACGCGACCUGCGCUCCGAGCUCGAUCGUCGUCGCGCGGCAGCCGUAGUGGACCCCCGUCGCCUUCGGCCUCUUUCUACGGUCGUCGUGGUCUGACAAGUCUUUCACCGUUCCCAGCAGGACUCGAGAUGACGCCAAGCAUCGCGCCCGUCUCGUCGUUUUCUUCGACGCCUGCAAGUCCUCGCUUUGCCCCGGACAGCGAUGGAGAUGAAGAGCUCAACUCGAUGUUGUCCUUCUCAUCCACCAGAUCCAAGCAGAGGCGAGACGAUCGACGACAGACCAUAGCUUCGAUCGAUAACUUCUCUCGCGCUGAUGCAUUGCCAGGUGUCUUGUCAUCAUCUCUUCCAGGAUCGUCAGCCCAAGCUCAAACUGCAUCAUCGAGAAGACGGCGAUCCGGAUCUGCAGGCAGUGCACGACAUCUCUUCCGGCCUCGCACGCCAAUCAACCCUUCGGUCGUAAGGCCUUCUACUGACCAACAGCUUCCGCAAGCGGCCGACGAAGGCUCUCGUAUGGUUUCGGAGUAUGUCAAUGUAUCGUCGAGACGCUUGGCAGUCGCGUCAAACUCGGAUGUAGCGCGCGCGACGGCAGGCCCUGGGAGUUUCUCCGAGCAUUGCUCGAUUCACUACGAUCAAAAUGACAAUGUCCAUGCCGACAUCGGCAGCCUGCCGGGCCGACCAACUUCUGACGACAACCGAGUUGAAGGUCCACCAUCACUGGCUGCUACCGCCGACCACUUGGAAAGCAACAAUUUCGCUACCACUGCCAAUCCCCCUGCAAUACAAGCUGCGAAAGGCAAUUUCGAGACAAAAUCUGGCGCAACUGCAGCAGAGGAAGAUGAAGAAAGCUUCCCGCUGGUGCUCAAGCUCCUCUUGCAUUCAUUGCGCCUGCUCGCGGCUGUACCGGGCUGUAUCGGCACUUUCUGGCUGUCACGCAAUGCUUGGAUUUUGGCGACGAGACACGGGCAUUUGCUCAGUCCUGGUCACAUGAUCACCACAGUCGACGGCACGAGUCACUUUUGGAAUGCCAACCAAUCCGAGUCGCAGCGAUGGCUUCAAGAAGCACACCGGUUAGGCCGCCGACAAGCAGGAUCGCUCGACUUUGCUGUUGCAUGCUUGUGGAGCAUGAGCACUGCCUACCACGCGCUGUCCUUCACCACGCUGCUUUUGCGUCGUUGGCUGCUGUACUACUCGAUUUUGCCGUCGCUGAUCCGUCUGCUAGCGUUGCAGGCGAUCUGCUGGCCGCUGGUGCGGGUUACGGUGCACGUCUUUGGAGCAGAUCAGCCGUUGGGCGCAUGGGUAGUUAUCGGCACCACCACCGCGCUGAGUGAUCUAGUCUCACGUUGGGUCACGAGCAAUAUCGCCGAUGCUCCGCUCGACGACGAGUUGGAUGAAGAGGAGGAGCAAGAGGAGGCAGACAAUGUGCUCGGAUACUUGUCUGAUAGCCGCUAUGUCCAGAGUCCGCCGAGAAGGAAUGCAUCUGAGCGGAUGUUGUAUACGGACCAAUAUGCGCGGUCAGCAGCGGGUCAGUCGCUUGUGGGCGACUCGGAUUGGGAUGCACGGUCGGGUGAUGAAAGCGAUGUAGUUGCAGCAAGUUUCUUGGCCUCGGAGCGGGAACGACAGAGGAGGCAGCGCCGAGGAGGUCAAGGCACCAGGUUUUGGCGUGCGGUGAUUGGUGGGCCUUCGUUUGCUGUUGCUUCGCGCCGAAGUAAGAAGAACAACAGAGCGGGUGCAGGAGGAGCCGGAGGCGGUCGAUCGGGGUUGUCGGGCGCAGGCACUGAGACUGAGAUGGAGGGAGAGUCGGAUUGGCCCGGCUAUACGACGGAUGGUACGGUGCUAGGCGGAAGCGGCACACCCGCGUCAAGCUCGGCAGGCGGUUGGUGUCAGCAAGGUCUGCGGCGAAGACUUGGGGCCAACACGUCGCCAACCACACGUGCAGGCACAUCGCAGCGAUUUAUAGAUCGUGCGGCUGCCGACAGAGGAAUGUUUGUACGUCGAGCAGUGCUGCCGCCGUUCCCAUUCCAGGCGUCGAUGUACAGACAUGGCCAUACACGGUUUGUCUACCGGGACGGCGCUUGGACGAGAGAACGGACAAGCAGCGUGCGCAACUUCCACUGGGAAGUAGCCGUACGCAGAAACGUCGUGCCGAUCCUUGUACUCUCGUAUCUCAGCAUGUGGAUCUUGAUCUUUGAUGCAAUGCGCCUGGGAGGUGGACGAGGUUUGUAG